AUGUCGUUGCUUUUUCGUAAUAUUUGCAUGUUUGACGGGUGUCACUUGGAGUUCGCCAGUGCUUGUCGGUUAGUUCAGCACGUCGAAGAGGCGCACGUUGUCGAAGAGAUGGCCAAGCAAUACAAGACUGAUGCCGGCCAGCUGACAUGCUUUCCUCUGAGCAUGGUCUGUAGGCAGUAUCACCAUCUUCCGGACGAGAAGGCGAAGCCUCUGUCGCCUGUCGGCGUAUUGUUGUCCAGCAGGCCACAGCGCAAGCGUUUCCUGCCAUUUCUGUCGCCAGCCGACCGGGUUCUUCAGGCCACAGUCGGCCACUCGUUAGUCCCUGCUGAUCGAGACACCGCGCCAAAUAUCGUAGGAGCUACUGGUAUGAACUUGUAUCCUUGUUGAAA